AUGUCCUCCCACAUUUACUCCACAGUCCCCCGAGCCAAGGACCCCUCGCCCACAAGCCCCGAGCAUAAGCCACUCCCAAAAGCCAAUGCUGAAGCCAUCGACUUCCUCAGCUCCCUCCGACAGGAAGAGCUGCAGCUGCUGUUCUUCUCGGAGAAUCUGGCCAUGGUCUCAGACACAGGGCAGCCUAAGGGAGAGCUGUCCAUUAAGGUGGAGAAGGGGAAAUACAAAGAGGAUUUUGGAGUCUUGUCAAACUGCCUCUUCGUGCAUGCCUAUAGCCGUGGCUUCCUGGACAAAAUGCUCUGUGGAAACUCCGUACUGGGCUAUCUCUCGUGGCAGUUGGAGACCAUGGAACAACACAGUCAUGAGUUCAUCAAGUUUCUCAUCCUCCCCAUGGAGCGGAAGAUAACCCUACUGAAGCAGGAUGAUCAGCUGGCCAUCACCAGAAGUGUCAGGGAAGGUGAGGAUAUGAAGACUGGAGUGACUUUUUUCCCCAUGAGCUCAAUUAAGGGUUUCAUCUCUGAAGCUGCCAACAUGGUGUUGCUGAGGGUGAUGGCCUGGCGGCAGAUGGUGCCCAGCAAUGCCCACUUUCUGGCCUUGGACACUGAUGGCAAAUUUUGCCAUUCCACCUAUCAAGCCUUGGGCUUCCAGACGAUGCAGGUGGGCCAUCAGCAGACCAACGUGUUCAUCGUGGAGCAGACUGUACACUCAGAGGACAGCAUCCCCAUGUCCUGCCAGUACUACCUGCUCCGUGAUGGGCACCUGGCCAAGAGAGUCCAGGUGGGCUCCCCAGGGUGCUGCAUCAUCACCAAGAUGCCCAUAGUAAGGGAGGAAGAUGAGCCCGAGCCUCGACCAGUGUUUGAGAAGAAGCCCCUGGCGUGGGAGGAGGAUUUGCAGCUCUACUCCAGGUUCCUGGACAGGAAGGAAGAGCUCCGACUCAGCCACACCAGCUAUCUGCGGCACCACCCCGAGGCCCAAGCGCUUGUCUCGGACUUCCUGCUCUUCCUGCUGCUGCGCCAGCCAGAAGACGUGGUCACUUUCGCAGCCGAGUACUUCGGCCCCUUCGCCGCGCGCCGCCCGGCGACCCCCGCCUUGCGCUCUUCCUACCGGCCCAGCCCUUUCCGCUCGCUGGACCCGGACCUCGACGACGACUCAGAGUCAAACUAG